AUGGUGCUAUCGUUGCUUGGUAAUGUCGUGAAAAACAGUUGUAUCGCUAGACAUAGCCUAUUUAACUAUAUUAAUAAGAGACAACUAGUAUUUCACAAAACUAGAAGAGUUGUAGGUCACAAAUUGGAAUUCAUCAGUGGUAAACAUAGGUCUAUGAAGAUAAAUCCUCCAAAAGUCCCUAUUCAUCCCACAGAAGAUGUUUCCAAAAAUAUGAAUCUAUUUGAAACAUAUCGUGAUCUCCGUUUGAGAUGGAAAAAAUCUACAUCUUCACGCCGUAAGAGACUGAGGAUUGCUAGGAAGUGGAGACUACCAAACAACAUUUUUCCAAUGCCUGAACCUACUUGUAUUUUUGUUAAACACUCAAAUCUUCCGUUUACUAGAACAAAUCCCUCAUCGUAUUCAGAAUUCCCCCAAUCUAUCAUUAAUAAAUAUACUGAUAAAAACUUCACAAUGUACCCUCCUGAUGAUAUAAAAGAUGAUAUUCUACAUGAAAAAAUACCCAUUUUUUGCAUUUUCAAAUCAGGACCUCAUUACCAGCAUAAAGUUACAAUUGGUGACUUGGUGCAGGCGGAAAAAUUGCAUCGUAAAUCAGCAGGUGAUAAAGUUACAUUUGGUACAGUGUUACUAGUUGGAUCACGUGACUGGACGAUUAUCGGUAAACCAACCGUUCCCUAUGCCAAAGUAAAUGCCACAAUUGAACAGCAAACACUUUGCGGUGAACAAAUUAGUUUUUAUUAUCGUAAAAAAAACAGAACUUCCAAAUUUAGACGCAUUAGGCACUAUGUCACAAUUUUACGCAUAGAUAACAUAAUUGUUGACAGUAAUUAUAAGGCAAAGAAUGAAGUGAUAAAACCAAAGAGAUUGCUAGAUCUAUGGUCUAAUAGGUGGCUAUAUAAUCAUGAAUUGCAAGUUCUAAAUAAUAUUGACAACAAUUGCACUGACAACACAUAUGAACGUAAACAUGACCCUAGUAGUGAUGAAUGCGAAGUACACAAAAACCUACAACAUACUUAUCAUAAGAAAGGGAUUAGUGAUUGUUAUAGAUGGUUCCCAGAUCCAUUCACCAAACAUCGCAGCUUAUAA